GCCCCCUGUGUUUACAUGCGGCGGCAGAGAGCGGUCUCAUCGGACGCCCAGAACGUGGUCGAAAACUGACAGGAAUCCAGACUACCAGACGCACCGUCAGCAUGUGGCCAGAAGUGAGAAAAGUAAAGGACGAGAACCGCUACGAGCUGGUGCUCAUGGGAGAAGACGUCAACAAGAAAAUAGAGAACGCAGAAGGACUAGAUCCCGACUUGUACGAGCUCACGCAGCUGAAUUUCCUUCGCGUGUCCAAGUCCCCCUUGAUUUCCAUCUCUGAGAAUAUUAGUCUCCUCGCCAAUCUCACAAAUCUUGUGCUUGAUGGUAAUAAACUAGAAAGCCUCUCCGGGGCUGUCGGGAAACUAGACAAGCUGAAAGUACUAGACCUUUCGAGGAAUUUCCUUGUUACGUUACCUGAGGAAAUUGGUCAGCUGACACGCCUGACAAACCUAAAUGUCAGUGUGAACAAGCUCACGUCCCUCCCAUGCUUGAAUAACUGCAUCAAUCUGGCGUUAUUGGAUGCCAGGGAGAACUGUUUGACUGAGUUCCCUGAUGUGGGUCAUGAUUCUCUUGCACUCCUUGCUGAUAUCAAGUUUGCAAGAAAUAACAUCAGUGAGAUCCCCGUUUCUGUGCAGGUGCUUCCAUCCCUAAAGCACUUGGACUUGGAAGACAAUAGCAUCAAAGUGGUUCCUGGGGAGCUCUUCGACUGCAUUAAGCUUAAAGAACUGAGUCUUAAAGGAAAUCCUCUUACCGACCGACGAUUCCGUAAAUUAGUUGAAUCUGACAGAUGUCUCCCAAAGCAAGUAAUGGAUUACGUGAAACAACAUUGCCCCAAGGUACAGGAAGGAAAGGGAGGUGGUAAAGGAAAGAAAGGGAAAGGAGGGAAAGGAAAGAAUAAGGAUCAAGAUCAGAUGGAUGAGUUAUGCAAUGAGCUUCGUGUUGUAAGUUUGACGGAGGAAACGCCACCAAUACGAGUAGAUCCUGUUGUGAAGGAUGUGAGGCCAUACAUGGUCUGCUGCAUUCUUCAAAAGUUAGACCUGAGUGGAGAAAACUUCAAGAAAUUCAUCUCUCUGCAGACAAAGCUGCAUGAAGGGAUCUGUGAGAAGAGGCUUGCUGCAACUAUUGCAACACAUGACCUUGCAAAGAUCAAAGGACCUUUGAAGUACACUGCACGUGAUCCAAAAGAGAUUGUCAUCCAUCCACUGACAAGAGGCAAGGAGAUUUCUGCCAAGGCUUUGCAUGCGGCAUUGCAACAUGAGGCAGAUGCACAGAGAAAACAGAUGAAGAAGAACAUGCCCACUGGACUUCAUAAGUACCUUCACAUAGUUGAAUCAUGGAAUGUGUGGCCUUGUAUUGAAGAUUCUGCUGGAACAGUUGUGUCUUUACCACCUAUCACAAAUUCAGAUAACACAAAGAUUACUGAGGAAACAACAGAUGUGUUCAUAGAAGUGACAAGCGGCAAAACACUGGGGAAAGCAAAAGAGGUUCUUGAUGCUCUACUGCAGGUCAUAAUGCAGAGUAACCUUUGCCCAGAGAGGAAUGAAGGAGAUAAAACAGUCAUGACAGUUCAGCAGGUUAGGGUAGAAGAUGAAGAUGGAAAGCUUAAGGUAUUGUAUCCAUCUCGUACAGACCUACAGUAUGAAAAUAUGAAGGUUAGGGUAGUUAUGCCUGAGAAAUAACUCUCAUUAGUGUUAUAUACCUGUUUGGAAUUGUGAUAUUUUGGGUAUGUGUUGUUCAGAUACCCAUUAAUUAUUAUCUUCAUUGUGUUGAAUCUACAAGUGUGAUUUCUCUUUCUGAUAUUCAGAAGCAUUUUCAGACAGAUGAAUUCAUUCAUCCAGUCAUUCAUUGAUUUGCUGAAUCCUGUCAUUCACUGAAGUGCUGAUGAAAUUAGUCUCAAAGUGAUUAAUAUAUAUAUUGUAUUUAUGAAACAAAUUAUGUCCUUGUUAGGAUUCAGAUCUAAGUAACACCAAAGAUUUUUUUUUUUUUUUUUUCAAUGUUCUAUCACGUAAUCACUUUUGUUCAGUCACGUAUUGUUCUUAAAAAAUAGCAUUCUUUUGUAAGUCAUGGUCAUUUAUAAUCAUAUGGAUAUCAGAACAAUGGCAACUCUCAUAUUAAACACAACACCUACAUUCAGAUAUAUUUCCAUUAUGUAAGUGCAUUAACCCAUGUGCAUAAGUAACAAAUAAGAAAAAAUGUAUGUUUCUAUAUAAAACAUAUGCAUGUAUUCAGUAAAAAUAAAGUUCUCAUAAGGUUAUAUUAGUGGAUGCACUAAUCUGAACCGAGUAAGAUGGUAAAAUAAUAGAUGUUGAAGAUACAGGCUGCAUUUUGGAGGAAAUCACACAGGUGAGAUACUCCUGUGCAUUUUACAUUUUAGGCCAAAAAAGAUGGGAGAGCACAGCAUUUUAUAUUUUCUAUAAGUUAAGGAGAUGCAAGUCAGGACAGCAGAUUUCUUCAUACUUAGGUUUAAGCCCAUGUUAAAAUUAUAAUCAUUAAUGGCAUCUACCCAUGCAUCUUAAUGGUGCCUAAGUUACAAUUAUGCCUUAGAAAGGGAAGAGGAUGUUUGGAAGUAAGUUGAAGCCUGUCCAGUGCGUAUCAGAAUCAGAGUAAAAGAAGAGGUGUACAUGAAAUGCAUUUGUAAGAAGAAGGAAUAAUUAGUUAGUUACAACUAAGAAGCCCUAUAUGAAAUUGAUAAAUUAAAAAGAUUUUCAAGCUAAGAAGUCAUCUUGCAUGUGCAUGCAAGAAACAAUGCUCAAAGUAGACCCAAUUCCAUAAUCACAUUGUUCCUUCUUUAUAUUGAUUGAAUAUCCUGUUCUGUUUCAUAUUUUGUAAACUUGCACCAGUACAGAAAAGAAAUGAAUGAGGACAUCUACUGCCAGGUAAAGAUAAUGAUGGUAAUGAAGCUGUAUGGGAAAUAUGCAAAACUAAGUUGAAUUGCGGACUAACAUCUUAAAGCAUCCAACCCAAAGUUUGAAGAAUGAAAAAGAUUGAUGUACUAGUUUGUUAUAAUUACUUUGAUUGAGGAUAUACAGAAUAAAAUGAGCAAGUAGUAUAUAUGGUAGUAAUAAAAAACAGUUUAUGUAAAAUUUUAAUGUUUAUAGGCAUUACAAAAGUUAAAUAUCCUCAUUAGUGAAAUUUUGACAUAAAUAUAACAUUAUGCAGCAGCUGAAUUUUCAGUUUAAUGUAUUUUUACGAGUGAACUUUCAUAUAUGCAAAAUUUUGUAAGGAAUGCAUAAAAACUGCAAACUUGUAUAUUUUCUUUUCAAAAUAAGAACUUGCUUUGUUUGUUGUGCAAGAAAUUACCUUUUUUAGGAUUCAUUGCUAUAAUAUUGUUUUGUAUUUUUUUUUUCCCUCCUUUCUCUUUCCUUUUCUUUCUUUUUGUCUUUGUUGUCCAUAUUCAGAAAGAGACAUAUGGAGAGACAUAUGACUGAAGUCAAGGAAAUUUUUAUUAAAGUUGAUAAAGUAUACUAAUAUCGCAGAUGCAUGGCACUGAUAAGGAGAUCAAAGGAAUUCUUUACAUUACUCUGGAAAUUUUGGAUUACAAUUAUAGAAAAUUCAAGUAUGCAUCAGGAAUGACUGACAUUCUUAUAACAAUGUCACAUUCAAGUGAAUGCUAGUAUAUGUAAAUUCACUGCCAGAAUGAGACAUCUGUUAUUGCAGAAAGGGAGAAAUGUAAUGCAUAUUUUCUCAUGGUGGUAAGUUGUCACAUAUACUAAAUAUUAUUUAAAGAAAAUUGGUACAUUAUUUAGACAACACAUCACCAUAUAUAAAGUGUGUAGUUUGCUAAGAUGUGUAAUCAGGUUUGUGUAUUUUUUCAUAAUUAAAAUUGUAUAUGGUUCUA